AUGAGUUUGGAAUUCUCGGAACGUAAAGAAGACGAUGCCUCUUCAAGACGGAGUGAUGCUCUGCUUUCAGCGGAUUCUAAGCAAGAAAGUCACGUAUCAUCAAAUGAUCAGUCCUCGGUUGCGUAUUCAUCUUACACUAGUUUCUCUAAGCACACGAGUUUGACCGUGUUAACGUCCGGGACGUUACAAGCGUCUCGUCGAAGCCAAGCAGAUAUUCAAUCAAGACGCCGGCGAAAACAAAAGACAGAAAUACAUUGUACUACAGCCAGGGAGUUCAAGCCAAAAUCCAAUCUUCCGCCACUCGAUUUUGGUGCUGCGGGGUUGGUUGGCAGAGACAAGGAACUGUCGACGUUGAAAUCCUGCUACGAUCGCAUGAUGAAGAAAGGAAAGAAGGAACUGAUACUCGUAGGCGGGCUGUCUGGAUCUGGAAAGUCAAGCAUAAUCCGAAGCAUGGAAAAUGAUAUCCCCGUUGAGGGGCUAUUUGUGGAGGGUAAGUUCGACAUGAAUACUAGUAACGAACCUUACUCUGGAGUGGCAACAGCCUUUGACAUCAUUUGUCGAAAGAUCAAGGAAGCGGGACCAGAGACUCUAGCGGAUCUGCGACAGGAAUUGCAAAAUGAGUUGGGGGACAAGCCUGGAAUGUUGAUGUAUCUGAUUCCUGAAAUCAAUGACAUCAUGCUAGGAGAGAACUCUGCUGAUGAAUCAACAGUUGGAUCAAUCGAGAGAGUGGACGAGACAGAAGGUGGAGUCGAUCGUCUAAGAUUCGCAUUUAGAGCUCUGGCUAGAGUCUUCAGCUCUUUCUUCUCGCCCUUGAUUUUGUUCCUAGAUGACCUUCAGUGGGCGGACGUGUCAUCGCUUCAAGUAUUGGACUAUUUGGUUUCUGAUACCGAAAAUGAGAACCCACUCAUGAUCAUUGGAAGCUAUCGAUCUGAAGAAGUGGAUGAGAACAGUCUACUCCACAACAAAAUGGUAGCUCUGCGAGAGAAAACUGAAAAAUUUCAUUUCCAAAUGACCGAGCUGAUGAUCGAAUCAUUCAGCGUCAGUAACAUUGAAAAGCUUGUGACAGCAGUAUUGCCAUCACUACGAGCUGAUCAUAUAGUUGGGCUUGCUGCUUUAUGCCACAAGCGCACGCUCGGAAACCCAUUCUUUACAAUAGAGUUUCUGAAGAUGCUUCACUUCGAAGGGAUGAUGAAGUUCGAUCAAACAACCAAGACUUGGUAUUGGAAUCUUUCGGAGAUCAGAAAAGAGACCAUGUCUACUGCGAAUGUAGUUGUCAUGCUCGAACAACAUUUAAGGAAGCUACCAGAGCAGGUACAGGCACUCCUUCAGUGUGCGGCUUGUCUCGGAUCGUCGUUCAGCGAGCCGACCAUCGACCUCGUUUGGAGCGUCUAUGGUCGAAGAUUGGUGGAAACGAAAACAGCGCCCGUUUCGUCUCUGCUUCCUUUACUCGUUGCUGACGACAUAUUCGAGAAAAGCGAGCAACAGUAUCGAUGGACUCAUGACAAACUUCAGGAAGCUGCACUUUCUCUCUCCGGAAGCCUCCGAGAUACCUUUCAGUUGGACAUUGGAAAAACCUUGUAUUAUGGGCUGACAAAGGAGCAAGUGGAAGAAGACUUGUUUACGAUCGUGGACCUAAUCAACAAUGGUAACACGUCGAAACGGCCAGAGUUUGCUGCAGUGAAUCUUAGAGCAGCAGAAAAGGCACGUGACAUCUCGGCGUUUCAGGCUGCCAGCGAGUAUGCUUCUGAAGGCAUUAGUCUUUUGCAAGAGACCGACUGGGUUCAAAACAAGUCCGUAUCUCUGAACCUGUAUACUAUUGGAGCAGAAGCAGAACUCCUGCUUGGCAACGUCGAUGCCGCCGAGCGAUACAGAGAUGUGGUGCUCUCUCGAUCUGACCUGUCUACACUCGAGAUGCUACCCUUGCAGAUCGGCAAAGCCAAGGCUUUGGGUGACGUUGAACUAAAGUCGAAGGAAGCACUUGAAUACUGUCUCAGCUUAUUGAAGAACCAUGGCUGCCGAUUGACAUGGGUUCGACCAUUGGCCCUUCCACAAGCAGUUGCAAGUCUCAUUCGUACAGUGAAGCUAGCAAAGGCAAAGCCACACAGUUUCUACGAGGAAAUGAAGCCGUCCGACGACACAAAACUAAAGUACAUUGGGUACUUACUUUCGAAAGCUGCCUAUAAUGCGUAUACCGCUGGGGACACCGCGAUGUACCUCUUGACCACUGUGAAGCUAGUUGACGUUACAAUGGAGUCUGGCGUGAACGAGUUCUCAGCUACUGCCUUCACAUUUUUGGGAGUCAUGUCAGUUAUCGUGCUGCAGGAUUACGAGGCGAUGGAACGGUUUGUUAAUAUUGCACUUGGAAUGCUGAAGAAGUUUCGGGGAAUGCAUGCUGCAGAGUCGAUCUUUGUUGGACACCAGCUGGGUCUCUUCUGGGUGAAGCCGCCAGAAAUGGGUCGCGUCGUAGCUGAAAAGGCUAUCUUGGAAGGCAGAAGGGAAGGUGACUUGGUGUUCACAUCGUGGUCCAUUAUGCAGCAUGUUAUAUACCUUCCCUAUACAACUGGGCGUCCGAUCCAAACGAUCCUGGAAGGCUGUCCUAAUAUCUUGGCUGAAUUCGAAGAGACCAAAGCGGGAGCGCAUAUCUUGUGCGCCAAGAACUACUAUCAGAUGCUGCUCAACCUGAACGACCCUUCAUGUGAGAAUCCAAGUGUGCACAUUGGCAAAAUAUACACCGAUACAAAGGAAGAGCACAAGGGAAACUUGGUUCAUUUGGCAGAUAAGGUUAUCGCAGAAGGUGAACUCGUUUUCUGGAACGAAGAAGACUACGAAGUCACUGCUAAGCGAGCUCUAAAGGUUGGCGAGACCCACGCAAAGAUAGGCCCAGCCAUUUAUUUGAAUCAGAUUGAAUCAUUUCAUCGUGCAGUAGCUCUGUACGCUGCCGCCAUCAAAACGAAGAAGGGCAAGUACAAGCGCGCGGCAAAUAAGAUCAGAAAGAGAAUGGCAACGUUGGCGCAAUAUGAAAAUAACACCAUCCAGUACUACAGCGUGUUUCUAACAGCUGAGCAUCUUGCAUCCAAUAAGAAACUUAAAGAGGCAAGCAUGAAGUAUGAGCAAGCCCUGGAAGUAGCAGGAAAGUUGGGCCACCUUCAUCAUCUCGGGCUGUUGAACGAGCGAUAUUCAGAUUUUCUUAAACGGGAACUUUUGUCAGGAAAAGAAUCAAGGUACCGUUUGGAACAAGCAAUCGGAUACUAUAGGGAGUGGGGUGCUGUCCACAAGGCGAAAGCUUUAGAAUCUAGACUGUAA